UUUACGAAUGUUGAUUUUUGUGAUUAACUGCACCAUUUCCAUUAUUUAAACAAAAAAUGCAGUAAUUUUUCGGAACAUGGAGGAAACGAGGAAUGAAACAGUGGAUCUCUCGAGGCGUGGGCUAAAGAAAAUAGAGAAAGCGCCUGUAGAAGACUCUAAAACAAUUAUAAAAUUGAUUCUCGACCAGAAUGAACUACAACGGCUGGACAACAUCGAAACUUACAACCGUAUCGAAAACUUGUCAAUAUGCAAUAACUUUCUGGUUCGAAUGCAUGGUGUAUCCCGGCUCGUCAAUCUGAGAGUCUUGGCAUUGAACAACAAUGGAAUAUUGCAAAUAGAGGGACUGAAAGAUCUGAUUUAUUUAAAAGUGUUAAAAUUAGCCGGUAACAACAUCAAGUCUAUUGAGCAUUUAAACCACAACAUGCAUUUAGAACAUCUAGACCUGUCCAACAAUCAAAUAUCUUUCAUAGCUGAUAUAUCAUAUCUGAAGAGUUUAAAGCAUUUGAACCUCGAAAGGAACCGUAUCAUGGAUCUACGUCAGUGUGACCGUUACUUGCCCUCAGCAUUAGAACAUUUAGGUCUCGCUCACAACAACAUUCAAGAUUUAAAUGAGAUCUGUCAUUUAGUGCAUUUAUCUAAGCUAGACAGUUUCAGUAUACAAGGCAAUCCAUGUGUCUCGUUAGCUGGUAAAGAUAAACUAGGAUUCGACUAUCGUCCGUUUGUACUCAAUUGGAUUAUGAGUGUCAAAUCUAUAGAUGGGUUUAUUGUCAGUGCCAUAGAGAGUUUGAAGGCAGAAUGGUUGUACAGUCAGGGCAAAGGCCGGCACUUCCAUGAAGGCCAGCAUCGGGAAUUAUGCGAAUACCUCGCCGCCACCUGUCCUCUUACAGCUGACGCGUUAGAGACUGAAGAGCAGAGGAAAUUGAGACUUAUUCUGAGCAAGGCACAACAUCAUCAACAACAGUUAAAAGAUCACAAUCACAGUCCCAUGAAGUCUAAAAUUCAGUCUCCAAGGAUGCAGUCUCGUAUGUCGAACCGUCACAUGGGUCGCUCCCCGGACCGGCUGAGCAGCAGCUACCACGCGCGAGCAGCAUCCCCCUCACCCUCCCCCUCCCCCGCGCACCACACCCCCAUACCACACGCCAUGAGUCAGAGCUACGACAGCCCCGGACUUAUGUUUGAAAAGCGGGACAACAAUAGAGAGAAAUCUGCAGAAUUAUCAAAACCAGUAAACCAAUCUUUAGAGGCAGCAUCAAAAAUGGUUCCAGUGCCAGAAUCACUAAUGAGUCCAGACUACCAAGAUCCUAUUUACGAUAUCCAAAGAACAAUACCAAAGCCGAACGCAAACAUUUCGAACACAUCAAGUCAAUCAAGUAAUAGCAGCGUUCAAGAUGAUAGAAAACUGAAAAAUUUAAAAUCAUCACCGAAACUACCAAAAAGUGUGAAUUCAUCACCGAAAUUGAAAUCUAAAAUUGAACGCAAAGGCAGUUUGACAAAAUGUGAAAUUAAAAACGAUGACAAAAAAAUUAACGGCAUAACAAAUAAUAAAGAAGUAGACCAACUAGACCAUGAUAAGUUGGAGAUGAUACGGUUAGCGUCAAACCAAAGAAGACAGAAGAAGAUGAGCGUGGAGGCAAUGGCAGCGGUCACAAUACAGAAGAUGUGGAGAGGAUACAGAAGUAGGAAUUUGAAUAAGGAUACAUUGAGGAUCCUGCACGCGAUACAAGCGGCCAGGGCGAGACAACAUAUACAACGACUGACAUGUGACAUGGAAGCAACAAAAGCAGCGUUAGAAAGUGAAAGAAAAAUACAACAAUUACAAAUGCAAGCCAUUAAUGCAUUGUGGAAGAAAGUAUCUACUCUACAAAACGCUGAUGUACAGAAAAACAAGUUGUUUGAUACAGAUGACAAUUCAGAAGUGUUGAGGCAAUUGACUGAUACUUGUUGCAGUUUGCAGGCUCAGGUGGUGGAGCUACAAAGCAGUAUGCAGCAAGUGUUGAGCGCGGUGUCGCAACGUGCCCGCAGCGCACCUGUAGCCACACAGACUGACAUCGUGGCAGUUGACACCCCGCAGGAGGAGAGAUGCACAUGGCUGCGACGGCCGCAGUCUCUGGCGCUGCCAUCUGCAGUGCCCGCGACAACACUCUCCGACAUAGAAUGCAACAAAACGAACGAUGCAGUCACCAUAGAUAUAGAGCGUACGGAGUCCAUCAUAGAUGAUAGAGCGGAGUCGACCAUAGAGAUGAAAGAACGAACUCUUCUCAUUGAUUGAUGAAGUAACGCUUAUUACCUACGUUAUUAGGGUUAUAUUUGCAAAGCUGAGCUU